GGAUGGGAUGGAGCGAUGGAUGGAGCUGCUAGGAUUGCUCCGGCGGGAUGGCGGCGUGCGCCUAGCGGUGGAUUGGGUCGAUUCGGGGCAUUCUUCGCAGCUUUGGAUGCUGAUCCCCGAUCUUCUGGCGCGGGAGGUUGCGCUUCUGGACGGCAUCCAGGCUCGCAACUGCCUGUGGAUUGAAACACUGCCUAGCGCGAUGCAAGCUGAUGUGUUGACCUUUGUUUACCUGCGAUCCAAUCGCUUUCGGCCCAACGAUUUGCUGCUGCUUUCUAAGCGUCUGCUGGAGUGCGGUGAGAACUUGGAUUUUUGGGUGCGACGAGCAGCACAGACUCUUCUCGAAAAAUGCUCGCAGUCGUCGAAUUCUAAAGAAGCAUCAGACUUCGACGAGAUUCCGGACUUUCUAAAGAAGCAUAUGGAACCUGAAAGCCACGAAGCAAUGCUCAAAGAAGACGCGCAACAAGAAUUCAAUCCAGAAGACGAGGAGGACUACUGGAACUUAAAGCUAUCAGAUGAUACCACUCCUGAUCACGACUUGGAAAAAGAGGAAGACAGCAUCAGGAAUCGAUCUAGCUGAGAAGGCCCUGGGGUUAGAAGAAAUCUCUUGAGAACUUAACGAAAGUCGGGUGCGUCACUGGGGGAAAUGUAAGCGCUUGGCUGCAAAUCUAAAUCCAGGACAGCUUUUCAGGAGAGGAUGUAAAUUAUAAACAUGUUUAGAAUCGUAUGGCCUGGUUCA